GUUAAUCUUCGAGCCACUGAUGUGAAGCUUAUGCGCCAGCUACUCAUCAUCAAUGAAAGCAUUGAAUCUAUCAAGUGGAUGAUUGAAGAGAAGGCCAUUGCCAGCAGAGGUAGCAGUUUGAGUGGCAGGCUGGGCAGCUUGCUGGAAGGUCAGGAGACAUCCCUCCAUGGCAGCUGUAACAGUUUACAGGACUGUAGUGAUGGACUGGAUGGAAUAUCAGUGGGGAGUUAUUUGGACACCUUAGUGGAUGAUGUCCCUGGUCACCAAACCCCUUCAGAUAUAGACCAGUUCAGUGAUUCUUCAAUUAUGGAGGACUCACAGCCUCUGCAUAAACAUCCCAAAAUUGAUUCUGAUGAGUACUACUGUUUUGGUUAAUAAAAAACAAGUUCCAGUGGGACACUAAUGCACUUGUACUUACCCUUUUUCUUUGCUGCUAUUUUAUUUCAUGUGCAAAACCCCCAAGCUUCUCUUGAAAGGAAAACAUAAUAUGAUACUUUGAUUACACUUUAUAACUUUUCUGUUGCUUCUAAUACAUUUUCUCCUUGGUGGGUUGGGCUUUUUCUCCUCCUAAACCUUUUC